AUGUUGGUAUCAACGUGGCGUGUGGCCGCGCUCCUCUUGUCGUUUGUCAACCUUGCCUCUGGUUUGGGAGCAAACAAAUGGGGAGCUAGCCCUUACCAGCUGAACCACGAUGAUUGCCCGGAGCGGUGCAGCAUAUCUGGUCCUGAGCCAGGCAACUGGUCCGUUUACCAGGAUCUCACGCAGCUCAGGAAGUGUCAAGAGACCAUGUUCUUUGCCUUCUCCCUCUUUGAUCCAAUCGAUGAACAUUCUACUCAUCGCAUUCAUGCCUGUACAUCAUUCGGCCCAGACUUUUCACGUCUCCCCAACGCCACCACCAUCCAAGCCGCUGCUUCUUCGCCUGUCCAUGUCAAUUAUGAGAUUGGUUGGCACAAGGACGGGUUUGAACUGGCUGCCGCUGGAAUCCGUUCCAUCACCAGGCAAGCUCGCCACUACCUGACUCAUGGACAUGGCACUACAAAUGGGCCUGCUAUCAUGUUUGCUCAGUCUGGACAAGCCACUAUUGGUCUAUACGUUGGCGACAGCCUCGGAAGUCAAGUUAUUGGCUCUUCUGCGCUCCAAAUGUUGGAGAACAACCUCGACAGCUUGAAUGUCACAGGAUCCAAUCUGGCUAUGCAACUAUGCGUUCCAGGUGCUGGCAGCGCUCAUUCAUUUGGUCUCAUGGUGACAAGCAACGGAACCUUUGCUUCCAUACAAAACGCCGUUCAGUCGUGGGCCAACGGAACCUGCCUGUCCUUCCCGGAAUCUACAAACAUGACCGGCGAGGUCGUGUACACCAAACCGCUAGAUGUCUUGACCGACGUCAAGAACUCUACCAGGCCAGCAAAGCCCGGGUCUACAAGCAGUGAGCAUGGCCGACGCCACCAACAUCUCCAUAUUCGUGCUGAGUGCACCACGACCCGGGUCGAAUCUGGGGACAGUUGCGCGAAACUGGCACAAAGAUGCGGCAUCUCAGCCAGUGACUUCACCAAGUAUAAUCCAGGAUCCAAUUUCUGUGCUCAGCUGGUGCCUAAGCAGCACGUUUGCUGCUCAAAGGGCGAUCUUCCUGACCUCCGACCUACCAAGAACAAAGACGGGUCUUGCCAUGCCUACAAGGUUGACAAGGGGGACAAUUGUGCUAGCAUCGCCGUCGAGAAUGGUCUCAAGGUUGAAGAUCUUGAGAAGUUCAACAAGAAGACAUGGGGUUGGGCUGGAUGCAAGAGGCUCUUCUACCAGACUGUCAUGUGUUUGAGUGAGGGAACUCCCCCGUUCCCUGACGAGAUCGCCAAUGCAAACUGUGGUCCGCAAAAGCCAGGAACCAAGAAGACUGGGGAUACCACCGAUAUCUCUGAUCUCAACCCUUGCCCUCUCAAUGCCUGUUGCAAUAUCUGGGGCCAGUGCGGAAUCACCAAGGAGUUCUGCACUGAUACUAAUACUGGCGCCCCCGGAACUGCCAAGGAGGGCACCAACGGCUGCAUCUCCAACUGUGGUACCAAGAUUGUCAACAGUGGCGGUGGUGGCACAAUCAAAAUUGGUUACUUCCAAGGUUACGGUAUGGGCCGGCCUUGCCUCUACCAAGAUGCCUCCCAGAUUGACACGUCAAAGUACACGCACUUGCACUUUGCGUUCGGCACUCUUACUAAGGAUUUUGACGUUGAGGUCGGCGACAAGCUCUCUCAGUAUCAAUUCAAAACCUUUGCGGAUUUAACUGGCGUCAAAAGGAUCCUUUCAUUUGGUGGCUGGGACUUUUCAGCCCUCCCUGCCACUUAUUCCAUCUUUCGAGAGGGUGUGAAACCCGCCAAUCGACUCAAAAUGGCCAAAAAGAUCGCCGAGUUUAUUGUUAAGCAUGACCUUGACGGUGUCGAUAUUGACUGGGAGUACCCUGGAGCGCCUGAUAUUCCUGGCAUUCCACCAGCUGAGAAGGAUGAAGGAACAAACUACCUUGCCUUCCUCGUUGUCUUGAAGAACCUGUUAAAGGGCAAGUCGGUAUCUAUCGCUGCUCCAUCUUCUUACUGGUACUUGAAGCAAUAUCCAAUCAAGGACAUUGGCAAAGUGGUGGACUAUAUUGUCUACAUGACAUACGAUCUUCACGGACAGUGGGACACAGAAAACUCUCACUCGCAGGAAGGCUGUGCAUUUGGUAACUGCCUUCGCAGUCAAGUCAAUCUCACUGAGACGCAAUACUCGCUAGCCAUGAUCACCAAGGCUGGUGUCCCAAGCAACAAGGUCAUUGUGGGUGUCACAAGCUAUGGAAGAUCGUUCAAGAUGGCCAAGGCUGGUUGUUAUGGCCCAGACUGCUUCUACACUGGCAGCAAGAUACACUCGGAUGCGAAGGAGGGCAAGUGUACUGGCCAAGCCGGAUACAUUGCCGAUGCUGAGAUCCAAGAAAUUCUCAAGGACAAAAGCCGCGUUGUCAAACACUUUGUUGACUCAACAAGCCAUAGCGACAUUCUCGUAUACGACGAUACAGAAUGGGUGUCUUAUAUGAGCCCCAGUACCAAAAAGGCUCGCGAGUCUGUGUACAAGGCAUUCGGCAUGGGUGGCACCACCGACUGGGCCGUCGAUCUUCAGGAGUACCACGAUGUCCCCAGGCCCUCCAAGUCCUGGGCCAUCUUCAAGGAAGACGCAGCACGCGGUUAUGAUCCCAAGCUGGACAACGAGAGAACUGGCAACUGGACGGACCUCGACUGCGGCUCAGACGUCAUGCAGCAUCUCAAGGGUAAAACAGCACCUGAGGCAUGGAGGGAAUCGGGCGCCAAUGACGCCUGGAAAGAUCUCAUGAAAUCCUGGAAGGAUUUGGAUCAACAAAGGAGGUACACACUGAGCCAGUCAAUCACUACGAAUCUCAGGAUCACGAUAAGGCCCAAUUGCCAUUUGUUGAAGGACCACAGCUGCAAUGACCUAAUAGAGUGCACCGAAAAUAUGAACCGCGAGUUUUCAGGACCUGCGGCAGUGUUCAUCUGGAAUUCCUUGGUCAAAAUCCACCAAAUGUACAGCGACUACUACGAUGCAGUGACCGAAGCGGCUACUUUCAUCUCCUUCGAUCUCGCCAACUUUGGCAACAAGUUUGCACCAAUCCCUGAAGCAGAAGACAAUACAUGGCUUUUUGUCAUGAUUGAUCUUCUUACCUGGGGUACUUCUUCCAUUGCCGCUCCCUUCUUCAAUUCACACCUCAAAAACCUUCCCUACUUUAAGGGCAAUCCGGCAACCCAUGACAAUGUCAAGGACACGACCAUGACUUUCAUUGGACAAAGUACAACUCUGGUGAAAGAUAUAAGAAGUGGCGUUUCAGCAGACACUACAUGGACAGUGGAGAAGAGAGAUAGUUUCACAAGCUACAUGGGCCAGGUUCUCGAAGGAUGGCAAACGCUCGCCAAUGCUACAGUGAACCAUCUUUUCAAUGGCUCUAAUCCGGAUUCAAUCAAGGCACUUUGGAGCCUUAUUUCAGACGGGAAAAUGAUUGAAGCCGGCGUCAACGGCGACGGGUCGAGUCUUGGGACGGAGAUUGUCCCGGGUAGUAUCAACCUCAAGGAACACGUUGCAAAGACCUUCUAUGGAUAUACCAUUCCUACAAUAUGGAGAGUCGCUGAGUAUUAUGCUUUCGUUCUUGACUCAGGUUACGACUGUAACGCGGAAUAUCCUUCCGAGGAUUACGUGAGCAAAGAAGCCAUGGAUGCUACCAGCACCUGUUACGGCGGGCGACGUUACUACUUGGUCUAUCCGAAAGAAGACGGCAUUGGAGGCUGUCACAAGAGUUGUAACACGGGCGGUUCUUGCCAAGAUAUUUGCGCAUGGAACAAGUUCAGGGCUCCACCGGGUAUCGAAGCUUUCGACGGGACCAGUUUUGGAGGUAUGUCGGCAAGGGAUAUCAUCAUCGGCUCCGUUCGCACUUACGAGCAAAACGGGAAAAAGAACAAAGCAAUGCCUGAAGACAAAGUCGCCGGCGAUCUCAACACGGACCAUCUUUUCGACCUCGACGUCACCACACCCGGAAUCAUGCGUCUUCCCGUAUGCAGCCCCGAGCGCGCAUGGCAGUCGUGGGAUACGGCUGCCAAGGGCUCCAGCCCCUUCUACCCAUGCGACAUCCCCCCCGGGCAGAGGUCAUGCAACAAGUCGACUUACAAGGACGACACGAGCAAUGCAUCCCCGUUGGCGUCGGACUGCGAGGUUAUGAUCAAGAACUUUGAGAAUGACGGCUCGACCAAGUGGACAACACAGACAGCAGAUCUUCAGCACAGGGAGCUUGGACACUAUGGCACCUGCGCCUUUGGAGUUGAAGCAACAGAGCUCAAUGGAAACAUACACUUCCAUUUCGGUGGCGGGGAUCUCAUCGAGGCCAUCAACACCUCCAUCAAGCAGUUUAAGAAGAAUGGCAAGAUCGGUGCGUCUGGUAAGGUUCUUUGUGCUGGCAAUACGGGCAUGACGCAGCCAGUCUUAUGGGGCAUCUACCAUACCUAG